GGGUGGGCGGAGGGGGCUAGAAGGCGCGCGGGUUGGAAGGCGCGGGAGGGUCGGUGGCCGAGAUGGCGCUGAGGUGCUCUGGUGAAGACAUGGCAGCUGUUACCCCACUGAAAAGGAGCCGUAGUUUUACUGAUACCAAUGGUUCAGCCUUAGCCCUUGAGACUCCCGUGAAAAAAAUUACAGGCUUUGCUGAAGGCCUGUCUCCACUCAAGACAUCAAGAAAUAAUUGGUUUGCUUCUGAAAUAAAAUGGUCAUCUAGCUCCAGCGAUGAGAUGAGAGAAAAUGAGGCUGUCUCAGUGAAGCCAGUGCUGCCGAGGAGGCUGAUUAUUUCACCCCUUCAGGCAGCCAAUGUACCCACAGCCACGCAGAAGGAGUCCCCAAGGAAAUUAUCCCUGGAGCCCACUUCCUCGUGCAAGCCCAUUCUGCCUGUGGUGUCUUUUUAUAGCAAGGAAAAGCGAUACCUUACCCCUCUUGAGAGGAAACAACUGAAAGAGAACCACUCUUUGGGUGAGAGGAACAGGGAUGAAAAUCUCCCAGCUGCCAGCAGGACUAAGAAGACGACUGUGAACUUGAGCAGGAACACAAGCGCGAAGCCAACCAAGCGCACAACCAGCUCCAAGCAUGGCAAAACUGCCCCCCAAAAGCUUAAGAAGGCAAAGGGAGAUGUACCACCGGGAAAAGGCAGCGUGGAGAAAGAGAAUGUGAACUGCCUAAUUAAAAAGAAGAUGGAUUCACCCUUCAGAGUCCUAAGCAUGACAGUUAAACCAGCCCUGAAACUCCAGGCGGGAGCAGCGUUCUUCUCUGCCAGGAAGAAAUCUCACUCUAAAAAAACAGUUGUAGACACUAAGUCGCUCCCCAAACCCCUGAAAAAUGAUCGGGCUGGACCACCACCAGCUAAAAAGUCUAAUUCAGCUGAUGGAAACAAAAUUCUCGAGGUGGGUGGUGUACUGAGGAGUAGUUCUGUGCCUCAGACAAAGGAAAAUGAAAACAGGGAGGACUUUACAGGCUGUGUAAAUCGAGAGGAAGAUGCGGCACGUGAAGGAAAACCAUCUCCGCGGAAAAGUAGCAGCACCUCUGGUUCGUUUGGUACUUCCAAGUCUGCAGUCACAGGAGAUGGCGAUGAAGAAAAUGUGGAUGCUGAUGAAAUCAGUUCUUCUACAUCCUGUGAGUCAGAUGAUUGCAUUAUACUUUCAAGCCAAUCUCCACGUAAGGUGAAUAAGCGAGCAACUCCUUCAAAUGCCGUUGUCUACCCCAUAUUCAGUGCACCCCCAGCCAGCAAGAAAAGCAGGACUCAGGCUGCGCUGGGUGAAGCGGCUUCUCGGUUUGCUUCCAGCCCACCUGCAAAACCAUCUCACACCUCGCAGAAAAGCAAGAAGGCGAAAGAGCUCUGCAAGUGCUCCAGAGAUCAGAUGAUCAUUGACGCCGGUCAGAAGCAUUUUGGUGCCGUAGUUUGCAAGUCGUGCGGCAUGAUCUACACGGCCGCGAGCCCGGAGGACGAGGCCCAGCACAUCCAGCACCACGAGCAAUUCCUCGAGGCGCUCCGAUACGUGGGUUGGAAGAAAGAACGGGUCGUGGCAGAGUUCUGGGAUGGGAAAAUUGUACUGAUUCUUCCCGACGACCCCAAAUACGCCGUCAAGAAGGCAGAAGGCAUCCGAGAAAUUGUCGAUAGCGAGCUGGGAUUUAAGCAGGUUUCUCUGAGCUGCCCAGCCAAGACUAAAAUCUACUUGUUUGUGUCCAACAAGAAGAUGGUUGUUGGGUGCUUAGUGGCUGAAUCAAUCAAACAGGCUUUCCGGGUGCUGUCUGAGCCGGGAGCUGCCCCGUCCCCGGGCCAGGAGGCCCUGGAGCACCACCGGGCUUGGUGCUGCUCCACGGAGCCGCAGCCCGCCGUCUGCGGCAUCAGCAGGAUCUGGGUGCUGGGCCCCAGGCGCGGGAAGGGCAUCGCCCGUCGCAUGGUGGACGUGGUCAGGAGCACGUUCAUGUACGGCUGCUACCUGAGCACCAGCGAGAUCGCCUUCUCCGACCCCACGCCGGACGGCAAGCUGUUCGCGACGAAAUACUGCCAAACCCCCAACUUCCUCGUCUACAAUUUCAUUUGCAGCAACUGAUUCGACUCGAUUCCGAGGUUUGUUGAAAUCAUCGGAGGUGAUUUGCCGGUUUAAGAUAACACUCAAGCGUUGUUACCUGGCUAAAGGCUGUUUUCCUGCUGAGCGCCGGUUCUUCCCCCGGGGAGCAAGCUGGGGGAGACUGUGUCACUUUGUGUACAGAGCUGUGUUCUAUUUUAGUGUAUGCCGUGGAACUUUGCUCGGGUUUCAGGGAGGUUUGGUUCUUCCGAAACUACAUUUUUAUUGCAAGUAACUUAAUUUUGUUGAAAGAUUUAAUUAAUAUAAAGAUGGCUGGUUUCUCCCUGAGCUGUGACCAUGUAGUUCUGAGCUCUCGGCGGUGUGUGUGUGUGCUGUGGAAGGAGGGCUGGCAGCCUUAGUACAUGCAGUUGUUAAAUUGAUGCACAGAGGAGUAAGAGAUGUCUUAAAACGAUUGACUGGUGGCAGGCUUUUCCCCAGCGGGCAAGGUGUGUAGUGCUGCUGGGGAAGCUGUCACGGAGGUUGCCUGCUCAAUAAAAUGUGUGAAGUGCUGCUUGCUCCAGCUUGUUUCCAUGUCCAGGAGAGAUGCGGGAAGGCUUCCACCGCUCUCCUGAUUUGAGGAAUUCAGAGAAGGUGGCAGCAGGGGCUGAAACAGAAGCUGAGGGCUGCCUGGGAGCAGGACAAAUGUGUUGUGGCUUCUGUCUCCAACCAGCUGUGGGCAGGAAUUUCCCCAACCAGCUGGCUUUUUGUUAAUAAAUUCCCAAGAGGCUGGU